GAAAUGACUGCACUGCUGUACAGCUGAACGUGAGUCAUUUCCUGUGGCUGUUGUCGUCGCUUAUUGCUGCUGUCAGGACGGAAGAGUGGUUUCAGGUGUCUGAACUGUAAACAGUUGUGGGAGAUGGCUGCAAAUGGAGCAGAAUGUGAACAGCCACAGAAAAGACUAGGGCCUAAAGACAAGCAGAAUGGCAGUUCUACAGAUUCAUCUCUGAGAGAGAGAAAGCAGCAGGACAGGGAAGAGUGUCUUUCUUUAGUGCUGUGGAAGAGGCCUUUUACCACACUACAGUAUUUCUUCAUAGAAACCCUUAUUACCCUGAAAGAAUGGACGUGGAAGAUGGGUGCAGGCACAGCUAUUGGAGAGCUGCCUCCUUACUUCAUGGCACGGGCGGCACGGCUGUCUGGAGCAGAUCCUGAUGAUGAAGAUUAUGAGGAAUUUGAGGAGAUGCUGGAGCAGGCACAGAGUGCACAGGAUUUUGCAACAAGAGCCAAGCUUGCGGUGCAAAACAUGGUGCAGAAAGUGGGAUUUUUUGGAAUUCUAGCUUGUGCCUCUAUCCCAAAUCCCUUGUUUGACCUGGCUGGAAUCACCUGCGGUCAUUUCCUGAUUCCAUUUUGGACCUUCUUUGGAGCGACUCUCAUUGGAAAGGCCAUUAUUAAGAUGCACAUUCAGAAACUGUUUGUUAUCAUAACAUUCAGCAAGCACAUAGUGGAGCAGAUGGUCUCUCUGAUCGGUAUUAUCCCUGGAAUCGGAGCAUCUCUUCAGAAACCUUUUAGGGAGUACUUGGAGGCCCAGAGAGCCAAGCUUCAUAACCCAGCGGGCGAUGGAGCAGCAGCUGGUGAAAGCUGGCUCUCGUGGGUAUUUGAGAAGGUGGUGCUGGUCAUGGUGUGCUAUUUUAUUCUGUCCAUUAUUAACUCCAUGGCACAGAGCUAUGCCAAGCGUCUCCAGCAGAAGAAGUACUCGGAGGAGAAAACAAAAUGACGGACUCACAGAAAAACAUCUCACGCUCUUGUUUUGGAACCUACGAAAUAUCGAAGCUAAAACUACAUGAGCACUGAUUUAUGUGCGCUUCUGUAUGUUAACGUUCAUUCAGAUCCCUUUAGUUACGUGGAGUCCCUCUUCAUUUGUCUGCAGUGUGCUCGGCUAUUUAAAAUCAGAUUUAACCUUUAGAGAUUUGUCUUUACGGAACCAAGGCAGUCUAGCUAACAGGCUGUGUGGAGUCAUAUUUGUUGCAAUGCCUUAUGCAACAUUUGGAGGUCAUGCUUCCAUUGAAGUGAAUACAGUUCUUAAUCAAUAGAUUUAUUUAAUUUCUAACAUACAGGUAUGGAUGGGCAGGGUGUUUUGUGAUUGGAAUUUUCAGGGAUAGUUUUUUUUUAAUCAAAAUUGAUGUCAUUUUGUAUUUCUUUAACUGUUUGAAGAGGAUAGCAAUAUCAACUCAGAUCAUCGUGGUUUUUAAAUAGUUUGCACAUCUUGUAAAAUAAUGUUUUGACUAUGCGCACAUGAUGUUUAUUCUCCAGUCUUAAACCAAAAUGUCACAAACUAGUGGAUGUAACUUUUAACCUAAGAAAAUUAAGACGUAAUAUUUGCAUAUGUUUGUGCAUUUUGACCUUUGACAUUUGAACUAAAACCAUAAGUUGAUCCAUACUUUCCUCUUAUUUCGGGCUGAAGUAUUUGUGUAGCUAAUAAUGAUUUCUCUCAAAACUAUUGUUGCAUAAUUUGUUUUG